GGCACUCCUCUCUCGCUUUUCUUCUUCUUCGCUCCCGUCAUCACCGAUCUCCAAAUCCGCCCUCACUCUAGGGUUUCCCUCUUCUCCGUUCGCCUCUCUCGAUCGUCUUUCGCGCCACGUUAAGUUUUAUGAACUGAGGCCAUGAAGCCAGGAGUGUCGUCUUUGAAUCCAUAUGCAGCAGCAUACAUUCCCCUCUCCAAAAGGGAGGCAGAUGAUAGACCUUUUGCGACAUCAAAAGAAUCUAACUGCAACAACGAUGCAGUCUGGUUUGGGGCCCCUCAUAGUAUGAACCAGAAUCAAAACCAUAGCAAAGCUUAUCUUGGAUCUGAUUCCCCUGGUACUGCAGCACUUCUCAGUCCAAAGGCGUUUGCUCUAAACAACUACCCUCCCCAUGGUUCGUAUGGUUCAUCGUCACAGAAAGUGAAUGAAGUGACAGAAAAUGAGGAAUUUGAUAUGGAUUUGGAGUAUCUUCAGAUGGCAUUUCCUGGUAUUUCUGAUCAGUCUCUGGCUGAUGUUUACUUGGCGAACAAGGGGGACCUGGAAGCAACCAUUGACAUGCUGAACCAACUUGAGUUCUACACAGUGGAGUCUUCUGAGAGUCUUCCAGACACUUUGGACAUCGGAGAUGUUUCUGAAUCUGGGAUGUCACCAAAAUCUGCAUGGAAACUGAAGACUGUAGCAGCAGGCGAAGCCAGUGGUUCACCCAAAUCUUAGCUCCUAUCCUGUCCUGUUUGUUUGACUUUGUGGAAACAAAAAAAUGUCUGAAGUGAUUUGCUUUGACAUAUGUUUGGUUAUGGGUAAAAAGUAUAUAAAAUAGAGGGAUAUAUUCUCUUGGGGCAAUCAUGCACACAUAGUAUGACAAUGGUUGUAUAGCUCUAGAUGUUUGUUCUCAAAUCUUCUCAUUUCAUAGUGUUUCUAUGGGCCAGAAGCUCG